UGUAGUCCUAGAACUUAUUGCAAAAUGAAUUAAUAAAUUUGCUUCGAAAUAUCCUUUAUCAAUUAAUCACCUGGCAAAUAUCUGGCUUUAAAAAUGUCAAAACGAUACUCUUCAUUCGAUUCUUCUUCAUCAAGCAAAAAACCUAAAUUAUGUGUUUUAAUAAAUGCGCAAUCAAACGGUAAUUAUAUUCCUAGAAACAAUAAUGUUAACAAUCACGAGAAACUUGAGAACAAUGCGAAACCUGCUACUUCAAAUAAUCUAGAGGAUGUAUGGGGAGAUGAUUUAGAUGCCGAUGCCGUAGAUGACAUAAUGUCUGUUGCUACACAGUUAACCCAACAAGUAUGCACUCAAGAAAACAACCCUUUUAAGGUAUCCGAUGUAAGUGUUUCUUCUCUACCUACAUUCACAGAGUUCAGACAACCACAAAUGAGUAGUACUCAAAUAACUCAGUGUCAGAUUAACAGACAAAAAGAAAAAGUUCGGACAUAUGAUGCCAAAAAAAAUAUUCCUAUUUAUUGUAUGCCAUCUUCUAAAAGUAAUAAUACUAAUUUAAAUACUUUUAAUACUGGAGAUAGAAGAGAUAUAAAUUUAGUUGAACACCGGUUGAAAAGCAGAGCCGAAGAUAUUAAAGCACGACUCCAUGAUGUUAAUCAAAGUCAUAACACACACCAAUUUGAAGAUAUUGUACUGGAGUAUGAAAGAUUGAAGGUUGAGCAUGGAAAGGCUAUUGAUAGAUGUUUGACAAAGGAAGGGGAGGUAACAUUCUUAAGAUCUCAAUUAGCUUCAUCCAAAGCAACUGCAGAAUCUCUUAGGGUAGAAAAAUUACAAUUAAAUGAGAAAACUAGGCUAGAAUUAGAAAAAAAACUUGCCGAGGCUAAUAAACGAAUUGAUGACCUUGUGGCCCAACUACAAUUUAAGGAUUUAGAGAUAGCCAAUGCCAAGGAUAGGACAAGACUAUUGGAAUCCAAAAAAAUCAAAUUAGCUGAGCCUCAAUCGCAAAGGUUAUCUGAUGUAUCAAAUUUAUAUUCACCAAAAUCCCGCACGAUUAGAAUAGAAAAAAAGCCUACAGAAACAACAGCUAUUCAGACAUCAACUAAUUUUAAAAUUACGUCAACAAAUGAUUGUUACCAAAGUUUUCCUUUGUUAAAUGCUUUUCCAAAAGAAUUUUUUGAGGAGUUAGAAAACGGAUUUCUAGCAAAGGACAUCACUAAAUACUCAGGUCAUAAACAUCACGAUUGUUUGAGUGUCAAAUCACUACUUUCUGAUGUAUAUAUGCUAUCCAAAUUAUCUGAUAAUGCACUGAAAAACCAAAAUAUAAACAGCAGUCUUUUCAAAAUUAUAAGCAUCACUAGAGCAUUGGCCAUAAAAGUAUCCUCAUCAUUAACCGAACCAAAUGACCAACUUCAAAAAAGGCUUUGUAAAACAAUUAAAGACAAAGUUGCACAAGAUAAUAAUAAUAUUUUCCAAUCGAAACCAUGGAAGAAUGAAGUUUUUGUCGAAUUGAGAAAAUGUUUGGCCAUAUCUUCAUUACUUGUGUUACAUUGCCCAUAUAUUCGUAAAUUUGUAAUGGAUACCAAUUAUGACAAUUGCAUAGACUACAAGUUAAAUGAAUGGUUUGUGGAGCACAAUAGUUGUUUAUAUUUACAUCACAAAGAUGAUAGAAAUUUAUUGACUUUAUUAUUGUUCAUACUUGAAAAUUUGCCAGAGCUUAAUUUAGGUUUAACUCAUGAGGCGCUAUUAAUUAGCAUAACAGAGUUUAUUAUCAGCUGUUUUAAAACAUUGCCACAAUGCAAAAAUAUUUUGGAAAAGAUUCUGAGGACAUUGGUAUUUGCUAUACCACCUUCAAGGGUAAUACAUAGAUUAGCAGAAUUAUUAGAGUUUAUGUCAAUAGAUAACACAUAUCGCGAAAUAUUAUGUGUGGAUAGCAAAGAAAAAUUAUCUCUUGAAUUUGAAAAAGGGUACUAUGGAUUCUCAAAAGAUUCAUGUUUUUUGCAAGUGUUUGCAGUUUUAUUAGAAACUUGUAUAUCCAAGGAAUAUAUUCAACAGGGUGAGUAUCUUGUGUUGCAUAAUUUAACAUGCAGUGUGAUCAAUUUUGUGCACAACGCUUUAACAAAUGAUCUUAAAUGGCCUUAUCUUCAAAUUCACUGUAUGUGUUCAUCAUUAAUUAUGACAUCAGUUGCUGUUUUAAUGCAUUACUGCAUUGAACAAUACAAAACAAGUUUUUCUAUGCUUGCUGAUGACCAAAUGUUUUGUGAAAGUUUAAGUCGUGUUCUUCAUGGUGGAAUUUUAACUAUGCAUCAGUUGCUAAUGAGAGAUCCUGCACAGCCAAAUAACUCUAUUCAACUAAGUUACUUUGGAGGAAGAUUUUUGUCAGUUGUGAAUUUUGCUUAUGACGUCAAGGAAAGAAUAUUUAAAAAUCCUAGCACUAUAGAAUUUGUAGACCAAGUCUUACGAGAUUUACAGUUUUAUACGCCACUGUCGGAUGAUGAUUGUAAGAUGAGUGAUAUUUUUGAAGGUACUUAUAGUCAUAAGUUUAACAUAACAAAUUAG